CUGCAGUAAAGCCCUUUGAAAUACAGAGCUAACAUGAUCGAAAAAUUACCACAAUGAAGCUGUGUGACCAAUCUCAAACGAUUGCUCCCUGGUCUGUGAGGCCAUGUUUCCAGGGUGGUAGGACUACUAAUAAAAGUUUCCUUUUCAAGUCGCAAAAAGAAAUAUUAAAUUCCAAGCAAUGUUAUCCCAGAAAUUCUGCUUCAAACUACUCUCUAGAGCUUUUAAUGUCCGGACCGUACAUCAACUUGAACAAUGUCGCACAACCUGAGACCCUAGAACCUCGUGACAUCGAUGCAGUUUCCGAAACACGUAUACAUGACCCUAUUGUGGUUCAUUCACCUGAUUUUACUGGCCAGUAUGGGAAACCAACGCGAUAUACCCUUCGUGUAUUUAGAGUAAGUAUAGCACUAAGUUAGAAACUUGGACAGGG